AUAUUGAGAUAUCGAGAUCGCAAAGAGCAAGGCGAGGACAACUUCGAGGUAUAAGAGUCCUGCUGUCUGCUCCCCAAGACUGAACAUAUCAACUCACUAUCUAUUCUUCCCAAGCCCAAGACUCCUUCAACCUUCCAUCUCAACCCCUUCCAACCAAAACCACCAACAGCCAUGCGUUUCACUCAGACCUUCUUCAUCGCCGCAGCUCUUGCUGCUGUUGGCUUUGCCGACGAUGACGGACCUUGCGACCCUCAGAACGACAACGGCGUAGUCUGCAGCAACGGCACUCCCGUCUCAAGCGAUGGUGUCGCAAUCAACACAAACAGUGUAACGACCACUGUCACAGACGCCGAUGCCUCAAGCACCAGCCUUGGCUCUCGCAUCUCUUUGAUCUCUUCCACAGACACUGCUAUUCUUGUGUCCACCAGCACCAACGUCGAAUUUGGCACAACCUCUCUUCCUUCGUCUCUUGACACUCGCACUGCCACCAACUUGAAUACCAUCGUUCAGACCCGUGAGUCCGUUUACACGACCAACACCCUCAGCAACUCUGCAAGCAGAUCUAGCGCAAUCAGCAACACUGUUGCAACCUCUACCAACACGGUUACCACUGGCACUGCUGCAUCUGGAACUGCUGCUUCGUCCACUUCGACCGACAACUUUGCCGCCCUCCAGACCGCGGGAAAGUACGCUCCUUUCGGUGUCGCAGUUGCCGCUCUCGGUUUUGCUGCCGCCCUCUAAGCAAUGACUUUGUAAAGUCUGCCUUGCGAAGAUUCCUCCAAGCAACCAGAGGUCAGAACGAAGUCCAGCGUGGGCCGAAAAGUAUCAGAACUAGGUGUCAGCUUUCAAACCUGGAUAGACUUGCUCUUUGGGGACGAUUGUGAGGAGGAGAUGUAUCUAAUAAGUCUGUAGCAUGAUUAUUUAUGAAUUUCUUUGUACCCAAAACUUGUGUCCCAGCUUUUCUAUGUGCAUUCGUAAGUUGAGGGUGAUUUUGAGAGGCGAUAGAUUGGAGGAUUCGGUUUACUCUCGUUUGCAUUUCGUUUGCAUCGAUUAGUUCUCGAUACUGCGAGUGUUGAAAUGAAUUUCCU